UUUUCAGCUGCUUGAACUUUCAGCACACUGCCUGAGGCUUCAAACAAAAAAGUGAGGUGAUGUUUGCCUGACAAGACAAACGUGCAGGAGAGGACACUCCUAAGGAGGCUGCAGGACAAUGACCAGCCACCAGGUAAUUCUGAUUCUCCUCUGUGGAGAAAUCUGGAAAUCACUUUGUACAGCAAUACCUCAAAUGGCUCCCGUGAAAGAAAGAAGUGCAUGUACCAGUAUCAGGAGCCCAACAGAAGACAAAGCCCUGCUGUAUCAAUUGCAAGCAACAGGAGCCAGUGCACACAAGUCUAGAAGAGCACUGAGUGCUGCGCCAGGUCCCCAGUUCCCCGAGGCGAACACAGAACCGAGCGAUGGGAGCUGGAUAGCAGCACUCAUCAUUGGCAUCAUUUUGAUCAGUAUGAUAGCAGCUAUUAUUGUAAUUGUUCUGUGGAAAUGCUGCAGGAGGCCAGUUCUGGUUGACUCAAACUGGGCAGGUCCUUCUCCAUUUGCAGAUGGAGACACACCAGAUGUCUUUGUGGACUCGGAUCAGGGCACCAAACGUUCAUCUGUUCUGUUUAUGUUGCCUUGGAAAUUGAAACAAGACACAAACUUACAGCAUGACCCCACUGCACUGGACAAACCAUCCCACUGUACCACCAGCAAUGAAAACAGCCAACUGCCUUCCACAAGCCAAGCCCACAUCACAGCCAGUGCUUCGCUUCCCAACGCAGAGGAGCCUCCAGCUCCCACCGCAGAAGCAGCGAGCUGUGCACCCAACUCCUGUCCUCACCCAGAGCCUUCACCCACAUCCCUCCAUCUCCCACCUCCACCCGACUGGCUCAAGGAACCAGUGGAGGAUCACAGUUCAGAUCUCAGCAAGGACCAGGAACUUCACUCAGAAACAGAGGAACAACUGCCCCCCCCACCUGAUGUACUCGUUCAAGAGAUUCCCCAGCCAGUGCCCCAGCUGCCACAGCCACAACAUCCUUCCUAGGCUGCCACCACUCACUCCAGCACACCUCACGUUUUUCUAAGUGAAGUGCUCUUCAAACAACUGAAAAAAGGAGAAGCUGAUACAGGGAAGAACAGUAAGACCACAGCAUGGGCAUUUCCCCAGUGUUUCUUAACUUCAGCUUUCACAAAAGGAACAGCCUGCUUCUGCCUGAAGCAAGUCAUUUAAACCCACAAUAUGGACUGUGCCCACUGGUUAUCUGUAACUACUGAUUCCAGAUUUUGGAGACUACAGAAAACAGGAUGCACACCUUUGUGUGACAGCACACACACACCUUUGUCACACACAGACACCGAGCUUUCACGAGCCAGUACAGCUUCAGAGGGACUCAGAGCUUCAAAACAUUAUGUGUUCUACUUGGCUGUGUAAGGGAAUACAAUCACUUCAUGUUAAUUUUAAUAAAGCUUUCCAAUUCAAA